CAGGAGUUAGUUAGUUGUAAAAUGGAAAAUGAUGAAGUUAAACGUGGCCGUGGACGCGGACGUGGCUCUCGAGCGCGGGGUCGAGGCCGAGGACGCGGCCGGGGACGCGGUAAAAAAAUUGAUGACACAGGCAGCACAUUAGAGACAUACGAAGGUGGCGUUGGCGUUGUUGUUGCACCUGUGUCAGGUAGCGGAGCCGUUGAGGAUAGUCCCAGCAGCAUGGAUCACACAGAAGAUGCCGUGAUGCACGACCUAGAUAAAGAAAACGAGAUGGAGGUAACAGCAUCGGCCGAAGAGCAGGCAACACCCAUUGCAGACAGAACGCCGCCGCCUCAGCAACAGCAGCUGCAGCAGCAGGUAGCGCCGCCCAUGCUACCACAGACAAUUGACAUGGAAGCGGAUAUAUCCCAGUUGGAAGCGCCCACAUUUACGACAUUGUCACGCGGACCACCGGAGCCCAUGCUACGCCUUAAAUGGAACCACAAAGUGAACCUCAUUGGCGAAAAGGUGCUCAAUCCGAUGAUCCAUUGCUGCGACCAGUGCGACAAACCCAUCCUUGUCUACGGCCGCAUGAUACCCUGCAAACACGUCUUUUGCCUCAAGUGUGCUCGCGCCGAGCCCAUCAAGAGCUGUCCGCGCUGCAGCGACAAGGUGCUGCGCGUCGAGCAAUCCGGCCUUGGCACGGUCUUCAUGUGCACGCACGGUGGUAGUCGGUAUGGCAGCACCGGCUGUCGACGUACGUAUCUCUCGCAGCGCGAUCUGCAGGCGCACAUCAAUCACCGGCACGUCGCACCACAGCCGCCACUGACAGCGUCAACGGGCGUGGAGCCAAAGCUGACGGAGAUGAGCGGCCUGGAGUUGCAUAAGCAGCGCAAGUUAUCCGAACCCUCUACCGCCUCCGUCUCUUCCUCCUCUGCUGCCGCUGCUGCCCACAUGCAACAGCGUUCCACAACUCGCGCUGGCAUAGGCUCCAUACCUCCACCGGGAUCCUCUGAACGAGCCACUGGCCACACGCACUCAACUCUCACGCUGGCGAACCUGGCACGCAUCAACAAUGCGAACGCCCAGGACUGCCAUCAGGGCAAGGCAUCGCUACACCAGACCCUCAAGAAGGGCACGACGCAUCAGUCCGAAUCAGUGGCAGAUGCCUCCUACUACAGCAGCGUGCUCGCUACAUUUGGCAGUGCGGGCGUGGCUGGUGGCGUUUCCACGGCCUCUACUAGCUCGCCAGCUAUUCCGAAUUGCGCACCCAACAGUGGCAGCGCAUCUGGUGGAGGAGCAGCUGCGGGCGCAGGCAACGCCGCCCAAUUAAGCAGCAGCUACGACAUCGGCAACGCGACAGGCAGCACCAGCAGCGGCAGCAACUGGCAGCAAGCGCAAUAUUACAGAUAGUCAUUUAAUGGACAGAAUCUAUACUUUCGCAUAAUACACUUAUACAUUUACUUAUUGUACAAAUAAACUUGUAUGUGGAAAA